AUGGUGAUUUCCUUCCUGGACAAGGUUACCACGACACUCACCAAGCUCAGCUUCUUCUCUUCGUUCAACACGAGUUACAUGGACAUGACCUACUCUAAAGUAGCCAAGCCCGACACGUCAAUGUUCUUUGAUCGCCUGUUCAACAUACUGGCCAAACAGCAUUGCUGUCUGCACUCCCUCCACAUGAGAGAUCUGUACUUUGGCGAUCUAAACAUAUUCCUGCGUGGACUAUUGAAGCUGACGCACAUUAGGAAGCUUAAACUACUUUCCUACAAGGACUUCUACUCACCCAAGGAGAUGGAUUCCUUCAAUGAUGGCUUGAUCGAGCUUGUUCAAUACCGCGAUCUAACCAUCCUCAAUACUCCUUUCACAGUGGGCUCUGAACUUCUAUCCGCCAUCCUAAACAAACCAAACAUUGUUACCCUACGCAUUACUCCAUUGGUAAUGAACAAGUUACCAAAGAACAUAAGUAACCUUAGUCUACGUUAUGAUUUAUCGCCAUCAGCAUUCACAUCAUUCGUCACAUUGAACCCUAUGUGCAACCUAGUUCGACUACACCUACCUCAGAUCUAUAUCACUGACGACAACUUUGAACUGUUUCUCAAAUUCCUUCGUAACAACAAGUCACUGGCGAUCAUAUACAUUGGCAACUACUUCCUCUUUAGCACUGAACAGAAGACCGCACUGUUGAGUGUGUUGGUGUGCCAGACCUACAUCCAAUCAUUGCUAUUCGGUAUAUCGCUCCAAAGUGAAGAUCCCUCAGAUGAAGCGGUCCCAUCAGAUGAAGAGAGAAGGCAGCGAUCAAUCAAAGAGCUUGAAGACCUUAGACAACUGUUUGUUCAGUUGGCUGCAUAUCCACAGACCAAUGUUGACAACAUCUACUAUGACAUUGCAGAGUUGAAACAAUUCCAACAGAUGAUGUAG